AUGCCGAGAUACCCAUUUGAAGAGGAGUUUAUUGACUCCACAUGGUCCCAACCAUCCAAGGCCGGUGUCCUCGAGUUCCAUGCAGCUAAUGGACAAAGGCCGCUCUUCCGUCCCUUUCAGACGAUUCACGAUUUCGACGAAUAUAUUACGCAUGAAGACAAAUAUCAGGAUAGAGGAUUACCAUGUCGUCAUCGCUUAUAUCUCCUCGAAGAUCUCAACCAGGAGUAUAAGCAUUGGGCGAAAUUACACUUCAAAAUGAAUCCUACAUUCUUCACAAAUCACUCACGCGUAAUGUGUCUUUCUAGGGUGAGCAUUUGGCAGAUGGUGGGUGGAAUUGCGUCAUACUACUCGACCCACCGCUCAAACCUUUCGUCAAUAAGGACGGAAAAGAAAAUUUUGCCAUAUAGUCAUACUUACUGUGGCAUCUCUCCAUUGACUCAGGAUCUGGUUGUCGUCCCAUGCGACUCGCUUUUUGAAAGCAUUAAGACGCAGUGGGAAAAUGCUGAACAAUCUCUAAUCGAAGCGGCAAUUUCUGAUCGACUGGUGUCGGCAGUCUUUUUGAACCGCGUUGUUGCGGCGCACUGGUUGAAUCUUACUAAGUUGAUGCUGAGGAGGAUUUCAAGAAGCCGAUUGGAAGACAGACGCCUAUCGUGGGUUGAUUCUAAGCCUGGAAACUACGAUUCAUGGAAAAAGCAAUUAUUCAAUGUACGCGGCAACUUGCAGGAUAUGUCUGUGUUCCAAGAGCGUCUAAUGUGGUGGGAAAAUGAAAUUUUAUUGAAUCUCAAGAGGGUUGGCUUCGCAGAAAGCGAUAUUGGCACAGACUCUGCUGCAGCACAAACAUCAGGAGAAUACGCAAAGAAAGAGAAUGGCCAUGCCGACAUUGAUGUAUUGCAAGCAACGAGAAGAGAUCUUUUGACCGUGCUCUGUCGAAUCCGUCGGUAUCAGUCCAAUACGGAAUCUAGUAUCAACCGUUGGCAGUCGGGACAACUCGCAUAG